AUGAUGGAGGACAAAGGCCCUCGUGUAGCCGACUACUUUGUUGUGGCCGGUCUAACAGACUCAUCCACGCCUUUGGAUCGGGAAAUCCACUUUGAUGACGCCUGCCACAAAACUGCCAAGCCCAAGUCACCCAUCACUGAUGUGGCAGUGGUGAUCCGCUCCAUGGGCGAUGAGGUUCCACCAGGGUUCACGUGUAUUGAGACGACACCAGGUGGUCAUUGUGCUGACCUCAAUAACGGAGGGCUCAUGCUACCCCAGAUUUUCCUAUGUUACAGACGAGGUUGUGACAAGCCACCACUCAUUGAUCUGGGUGUUCUCUAUGAGUGGAAGGAGAGGUUGAAACAGGGCUGUCACGUUAUACAGACCACACCCUCUGGUCGCCCUGCCAAUAUCAGUGGAAACUCCUCCCAGCGCAUCUAUGUCACUUACCGACGGGCACCUGAGAGCCAACCGCAUGCUGCUCUGGCUGUCACUGACAUCUGUAUCAUUAUCCCAAGCAAGGGAGAGACUCCUCCCCACACUUUCUGCAAGGUGGAGAAAAAUCUUAACAGUAGUAUGUGGGGUUCGUCCGUUUACCUAUGUUAUAAGAAGUCUGUGACCAAGACCAACUCGAUAGCAUACAAAGCAGGAUUAUUCAGCAGAUAUCCAGAGGAAGACUAUGAGUCCUUUCCACUGCCAGAAUCUGUUCCUCUCUUCUGCCUUCCCAUGGGAGCCACAAUUGAGUGUUGGCCCGUCAGCACCAAAUACUCACUGCCUGUUUUCUCUACAUUUGUUUUAACUGGAGCCUCCGGAGAGAAGGUGUAUGGUGCUGCCAUACAAUUCUAUGAACCCUACCCACAGGAGUGUCUGACUGAUCAACAGAGCUCCCAGCUGGGUCUGCUUAACACAGACACACCCAAAGCCUCCCCCUGCAACAGCCCAACUGAUGUCACCCACAAUACCACUUCCCCCACCUGCUCAGUCUACACCAACAAAUGUAUCUGCUUGCUCUCUCACUGGCCCUUCUUCGAUGCUUUUCGCAAGUUCCUCACCUUUCUGUAUCGGUAUUCCAUCUCUGGGCCUCAUGCUCUGCCCAUUGAGAAGCACAUUUCUCAUUUCAUGCACAAGGUUCCCUUCCCUUCUUCUCAGAGGCCUCGCAUCUUGGUGCAGCUUUCCCCCCAUGACAGUCUGAUGUUGAGCCAGCCAGUAUCUUCUCCAUUACCACUCAGUGGCGGUCGUUUUUCCACAUUGCUCCAGAACCUGGGCCCAGAGAAUGCUGUCACCCUGCUGGUGUUUGCUGUCACUGAACAAAAGAUUCUGGUUCACUCAUUACGGCCCGCAGUCCUGACCAGUGUAACUGAAGCUCUGGUGUCUAUGAUCUUCCCAUUCCACUGGCCUUGCCCAUAUAUUCCUCUUUGCCCUCUGGCCCUAGCUGAUGUGUUGAGUGCCCCAUGCCCAUUUAUUGUAGGAGUGGACUCUCGGUAUUUUGAGCUUUAUGACCCGCCACCAGAUGUGAGUUGUGUGGACCUGGACACAAACACCAUAUUCCAUAAUGAAGAUAAGCGAACACUCACAUGGAAGAGCUUGCCCAAGAAAGCCUGUAAAAAUCUCAUGAAUGUGUUGAACAACCUCUACCAGCAACUGCUUGAUGGCCAGUACCGGUCUGAUAGCCUGCUAGAGCUGAGCAUCAGUGAUUUAACGGAAUUAAGCUGUGGCAAAAGUCUCCAUACCUUGGAGCUAGAGAUCCAGGAAACCUUUCUGCGCUUCAUGGCAGCCAUUUUAAAGGGAUACCGCUCUUUUCUGCGACCUAUUACCCAGGCACCAUCUGAGAAAGCCACAGAUGCCAGCUCACUUUUUGACUUGCAAGGGUUCUUGAAAAGCCGUGACCGCUCCCACCAAAAGUUCUACUCGCUGAUGACCAAAACCCAGAUGUUCAUCCGUUUUAUUGAGGAGUGCUCCUUUGUAAGCGACAAAGACGCAAGUCUGGCCUUCUUCGAUGACUGCGUGGAAAAACUUUACAGUUCUGAUCGGAGUGCUGAAAAGGGUGUCAAGGUAGAUGGUGACAGGCCAGAUGAGACCAAGCUGAUAGAGACUGAUGAGUCCCAUCGAAGUGAGCACACAGUUUUCAUCACACCUCCAGAGUUGCCUCUUCUGCCUGAGGGUGAAGAGCAUCCACUAUGCUACAGAUAUGAUGGCUUCCCGGUGUUAAGUCUUGACCUGUUUGACCCAGUGGAGGGCCUACAGACACCUGCCUCCCGCCUUAAUGCCAGGCACAGCUGCCCCACCAGCCCUGCACCAAUGUUUAGGCGCAGCAAACAGGAGAUUAAAUCAGCCCAGAAAAUAGCCAAAAAGUACUCAUCGAUCCCUCAGCUUUGGUCCAUGUGCCUCCUCCGCCAUUGUUACGGCCUCUGGUUUAUCUGCCUGCCUGCAUAUGUGAAGGUUUGCCAUUCCAAAGUGCGAGCACUUCGUACUGCCUAUGACGUCCUCCGGAAGAUGCAGUCUAAGAAGCUCCAGCCCCCCGAUGAGGUGUGCUACAGAGUGCUCAUGCAGCUUUGUGGACAGUAUGGUCAGCCUGUCCUUGCUGUAAGGGUCCUAUUUGAGAUGAAGAAAGCUGGAGUCCACCCCAAUGCCAUCACAUAUGGCUACUACAACAAGGCAGUGUUGGAGAGCACAUGGCCAACCAGCACCAGAGGAGGUUAUUUCCUAUGGAUGAAGUUGAGAAAUGUGGUUCUGGGUGUGGCUCAGUUUAAGCGUUCACUGCGGAAACAUGCCCCUCUUACACAAAGCCCCUUUUCAGAUGGCAGUGACAUGGAUGCUGUUAGUCACGGCAGCUUGGAUAGCACUGCUGACACUAAUUUGAAUGAGCAAGGCUCCUACACUGCUGACACCAUUAAAGUAGAUCCUACAGAUGAUAGAUCAAGCACAGUUGGCCACGUGGGCGGUGGCGUGGGCUCCAGGGCCCACUCACGCCGAGGGGGUUCUGAGCUCAGAAAACCCGCUCUUUAUCCAGGAGACCAAUCAGAUUUGGGUUAUAACUCACUGUCCAAAGAGGAGGUUCGCAGAGGAGACAGCUGUGCUCAGGACUCUGUUCAUGUCAAGGAUGACAAGAAAGAGAGUGACUGCAGCUCUUUGUCUGAAACAGAGAGCACCAAAGGAAGUAAAGACUGUCUACCUCAACUGGACACGGAAGUCAGUUCUUCCAUGCAUUCCCGAGGCAUCGUUCGAAGAACCUGUCAUUAUGACAAUUUCAAAAGUAGCGCCAAGACCUCUGCAAGCACAGGACAUGUGGCAGGUCUUCUCUUCACUUCUUCUCUGGAAGAAAUAGGUGAGAUCCAAUCGAACAGCUUGCUCAGGAGACACAAGAGUACUCUGGAAGAAGUGGUCGGCGGUGGCUCUGCUUUUGACUGGCAGGGUGUAAAGCGACAUUAUCCGAGUGGUGACAAAGUAUGCACCCGUGGUCGUGGCUCUACUGUGCUCGGUCUGAGUAUGAGGCAGGGUGAAACUGACCCAGUUAAAAUCGCAGGACAUCUUGGUGCUGACGCAAAAAUUCUUUGUAAUUCCAAACUCGGUAAGAACAUGAGACCUCGGUCAUUGGCACUGAGCGAUUUAAAGGAGACUGCUGUCACCAGCGCUUGUGAAGAUGAAGCAGAAAGACAGGACUCCAGUGAUGAGGACACAAAUAAUGUUGAGGCUAUUUUUGAUUUGGAGGAUUUAGAUAGAACUACCACAGGACUUGGAAUCACCUCUCCCCAAACCUGCAGAUCUCCUAAGAGUCCUAUUGAAUGCAGUCCAAGUUACUCCGGCAUGAGCAAUGUGACAUCAAGCGGAACUGUGAACCGCACGGGCAUAGAGACUGGCAAUGACCCUCUAUCCCUGCUUGCUGCUGAGUCCCAGUCAGAGCAGCAAAAGAAAGACCCAUCCCCAGAGGACGCCAACACAUUCACUGCCAACAGGCAUUUGGCAAGGGAGAUCGAGCUGUACAUGAAGCACAUGGGUAGCCCACUGAGCAGUCGUACGCCGAGCGUGGACUUGCAGGACGCAGCUAGCCCCUUCAUCUUCCACCCUUCUUCACGCUCUGCUGCACGACGAUCUAGCUUACCCCAUAGCUCCUCUAUUAGGACUACAGCGGUCCCACGUUCUCGCACCUUCCACCCUCCUUCACCACCUCAGCCAGUCUCCCGUCAACGGCUGUGGUCGUCGCCACCCCGUCGCAGCGCUAGCACCACACCGAGCCCUUGUCCAAGCCCGCGUGCAAAGACAUGUAGGGAGUACACAAGUAGGAUGCAAGUCACGAGCCCUUCGCCACCCUCCUCUUCUUUUGCUCUCGACACGCUACUGACUCCAACUUUGGAUGUUUUCAAAACCAGUAUGGUCUCUGCUGGUAAAGGUGUUGCAGAGAAGGCCAGUCGUUGGUACUCACGUCUGGCCACAUACACCACACCAACCAAGGAUACACAAAGUCACCGUCUCAAUGUUUCUUCACUUGAUGUUGGUGAUUUGGCUUGCUUCUCUGGUGAAGAUGAGGAACACUACAGGGAGUCAAAGAGCUAUGCCGUCUCCCCACAAAAGAAUGGGCCUCUUGGCCCAAAGGGAUCUCGUAGGAGUCCAAGACCCAGCCCUUUCCAAAGUAGGAUAAACAGCCCCACUGCAUCAUCAAGCCUCAGAAGACCAACAUCCCUGAUUCCUGGCUGUGAACUUUCCCCGCCUGGCUUCCCCCUUUCAGACAAGUCAGAUGUGGGCUCUUCACGCUACACUAGCAACACCAGCAUCUUCAAUAAUUAUGCAAUGGAGCUGCUGAUAUCCAGCUGUUCGCGCUGUAAGACCUGUGACUGUCUAGUCUACGAUGAGGAAAUCAUGGCUGGUUGGACAGCUGAUGACUCCAAUCUAAACACCAUCUGCCCCUUCUGUGGAAACCCCUUCUUGCCUUUUCUCAACGUAGAGAUAAGGGACACGAGAGGACCCGGCAGGUUGUUCUUAAAGGGAAGCACAUCCGUGGAUGAUGCGAUGAGCUCUUCAUAUUCGGCCUCCACAGGCUUUGACACAGGGACGUCCACUUUGUCUACCCCCUGUCCUAACAAAACAAUCUCACCUCCCUCCUCUAUGAUUUCUAUACAAAACUGUUCAGUGAGCUCGAGAACUCGACCUGCCAAAUCUCACGGUAUCGACAUCCCCUCAGACUGGCGCCAUGGGGGUCUUUGUUCCGGAAUGGCCAUGGCUCGAAGCGUCAGUGCCUUUGGUCCUAUGGGUGAUAUGACCCAAUGCAGCCCUUUUAUGCCGAUGUCGGGCAGUUUACCCAGCCGCUUGAAUGAAACUACUGACCCACUGAAUAUUGACUGGAGCCUCCACAAUCCUGAGCCAGUGACUGUUCCAUACCUGAGUCCACUAGUGCUGUGGAAGGAGCUGGAGAGCCUUCUGGAAAAUGAAGGCGACCAAGUAAUUACAGAAGCGGACAUGGUGGACCAUCAUCCUAUUAUCUUCUGGAACCUUGUGUGGUACUUCAGACGGCUGGACUUGCCCAGCAACCUGCCCGGACUCAUCCUCACAUCUGAGCACUGCAACAGGGACUCCCAGGUCCCUCGUCAGUGGAUGUUGGAGGACAGUAAACACGUCUUGAUUCAGAUACUGUGGGACAACUUGAAGCUGCAGCAGGAUCCCGUGCAGCCUUUCUACAUUCUAUGGAACACGUACAGGUUUAAUUGUACUCUGUUGUUAGAAAAUGUGGGCUACUCUGUGACCCGAACUGUACCCAAAGAGGAGAAGGCCUUCACAGAGGAGCUUUUGCAGAGCGUGGUGAGAUGUAUCCAGAAGAACGACGUUGGACGACCGAUGGCUCACCUGCUCGAGCUACAGGACCAGACGCUCGGGCUCAGAAGACAAAGGAGUUUGUACAGAGACCUUCUCUUCCUUUCCCUGGUGGCGCUGGGAAAAGACAACAUUGAUGUUGACGCCUUCGAUCGCGAGUACAAGCUGGCCUAUGACCGGCUGUCGCCGAGCCUGGCCAAGCUCACGCACAACUGUGACCGUCCCCCCAGUGCAGGCGUCAUGGAGUGUCGCAGGACAUUUGGGGAGCCCUACCUCUAA